ACUCCAUGGUGGCAGGCAGCUUGGUGGACAACAGCAUCUUCUUGGAGUUUUCCUCCACUCUUGACUUCUCCCUAGAUGGGGGAAGGGACACCAGGCAUGGAUUCAGCCAGAGUUUGGGAGGAGGGAGGAAUAGAUGAGAGUCUGGGAUUUGUGGAAGGGGGAAUACAGGUUGGGACAAUCAUGACUGCUGGCCAACUGUCAUUGUGUUCUGAGGAACAGAGUCCUCAGCCUGGCAUCACCAGGCCCUGGCCUGGGGUGGUGGUGGAUGGGGAGAUCUCAGGACUGGCAGAACCAAGGGUGGAGGCCAGCCCCCAGCCUCUAUCCAGCAGCCCAAAGAGGAAGAGGGACUUGUCAUCAGAUUCUGAGGAUGACCUAGCAGAGCUACUGGAACCUGAUCCCCAGCCGAUGUGGUCAGUGGAGACACUGUGCGGGCUCAGGAUGAGGCUUAGGAGGCGUCAUGUCUCUACAGUGCGGCCUGAACACCACAAGGUCUUCACCAGACUUCUGGAGGAUCCCGUGGUGAGAAAAUUCCUGACCUGGGACAAGAUGCUGAGGGUGUCAGACAAGUACCUCCUGUCUAUGGUCAUAGCUUAUUUCAGCCGUGCUGGGCUCUUCUCCUGGCAGUAUAGGCCAAUCCACUUCUUCCUGGCUCUGUACCUGGCCAAUGACAUGGAAGAGGACAACCAGGCUCCUAAACAAGACAUUUUUUACUUCCUCUAUGGGAAGAGCUAUGCCCAGCGCCCCAUGUUCCACAAACUGCGCUUCCAGUUCAUUCGGUCCAUGGGCUGGAGGAUCUGGGUGUCCCGGGAGGAGUGUGAAGAGAUUCAGGCUUACAAUCCAGAGCUCUGGGUGUGGGCACGAGAUCGCUCCAACCUGACCUAGAACCCUAAAACUAUGGAGGCCUGAGGUCAUCGGCCUGAGGAAGACCCCUGUGCCUGAGGGAGAUGCUCUAUGUUGACAUUAAGGACUGCUGGGGAAAGGAGAGAGGACCGACUACACUCCAUGGAAACCUAGAAGAACCCAGACUCUUCUAGGAGUGGAGUGGAAUCACCACAUUGUGCUCUUGGGAGCUGGAACACUUGUAGGAGUCUCUGGAAAGGCCGUAAAAAAUCAGGAUUCCUCCAGGCUCCACUCUUUCCAGAGGCACCAUCUAAAUGUUGAGUGUCCUCAAUCCCCACCUCCCCAACCGUAGCAGCCGAAGGCCCAUGGUUUCCUGUAAUUGGUCUCCACUGCUUUGGCCAUUUGAAGGAGGCACCUCAGGACUCAGAUGCGAAGGGAACUACCUUCAAAAUAUAGUAUUUGAUUUAUUUAAUUGUAAUAACUUUAAGAUAUCACAAAUUUUGUUUAAAUAUUGUUAUGCAUAAGUUAUAUUAUUAAUAAACGUUAUUAUUAUAUGUUGACUACAGAAUAAUUAGCAUAUUAAAAUUUUAUGAUAGUUCCAGUUUUGAGAACGUGGUGUUAUAUUUUAUGAUGCCUCUAUAACAUUUAUAUAUACAUAACGAUUUCACUUACUAAAGGAUUUUUAUCUUUUUUACCUAUUAUACUUAUGUCUAGGUAACAUAACCCUAGAUCCUUAUGAAUAUAUUUUGUAUUUGAUAUUUCAUCUUCAUUAUUGAAUGUCAACAUUGAGCUGUGGUACUUCAAACCACUUGAACAUGUUUGUACAUCACUUUCAAGAGGGUUUGUGUUUGAAAGAGAAUCCAUGUUACGAGCUCCUUCUGCUGGGGACAGACAAUAAAGAUAAAAUGUGUUUCAUGUUCUCUAUGUAAG